CGCCCCCCAUCCUCGCGCCUCCUCUCAGUCUCUUCUCUUCCUCUCCGUCGCCGCUCUCUCUCUCCUCCUCCUCCUCCUCCCGCAGCAGCAGAGAAACCCUAAUCGAAGAGCAGACAUGGCGGAGGGGCUGCACCUGAAGGGGACGAUGAAGGCCCACACGGACAUGGUGACGGCGAUCGCCGUCCCCAUCGACAACGCCGACAUGAUCGUGACCUCCUCCCGCGACAAGUCCAUCAUCCUCUGGCACCUCACCAAGGAGGACAAGGUCUACGGCGUCCCCCGCCGCCGCCUCACCGGCCACUCCCACUUCGUCCAGGACGUCGUCCUCUCCUCCGACGGCCAGUUCGCCCUCUCCGGCUCCUGGGACGGCGAGCUCCGCCUCUGGGACCUCGCCACCGGCGUCUCCGCCCGCAGGUUCGUGGGCCACACCAAGGAUGUGCUCUCGGUGGCCUUCUCCAUCGACAACCGGCAGAUUGUGUCGGCGUCUCGCGACCGCACGAUCAAGCUGUGGAACACUCUGGGAGAGUGCAAGUACACCAUUCAGGAAGGUGAGGCUCACAAUGAUUGGGUGAGCUGUGUCAGGUUCAGUCCCAACACCCUUCAGCCAACCAUCGUGUCCGCAUCUUGGGACCGCACUGUGAAAGUGUGGAAUUUGACCAACUGCAAGCUGAGGAACACCCUGCAGGGGCAUUCUGGCUAUGUGAACACCGUGGCUGUGUCUCCUGAUGGGUCACUUUGUGCGAGCGGUGGCAAGGAUGGAGUGAUAUUGCUUUGGGACUUGGCAGAAGGGAAGAAGCUGUACUCACUGGAGGCUGGUGCCAUUAUUCACUCACUUUGCUUCAGUCCAAAUAGGUACUGGCUCUGCGCAGCCACAGAGAACAGCAUUAAGAUCUGGGAUCUGGAGAGCAAGAGCAUUGUCGAGGACUUGAGGGUUGAUUUGAAGAAUGAAGCUGAUAUGAGUGAUGGAACUACGGGGGCCAUGAGCUCAAAUAAGAAGGUCAUCUACUGCACGAGCUUGAACUGGAGCGCUGAUGGAAGCACCUUGUUCAGUGGUUACAAUGAUGGCGUGAUCAGAGUCUGGGGAAUCGGGCGUUAUUAGGAAAUUUUUGACGAUCGCUACUGCUGAACUGUUUUUCAAAGAUUCCCUUUUUCGUAUGUCUUUUUAGUGGUUUAAAGAACCUUUUAGGAUCUUGUUUAAGAUGCUUGGAGCAAUAUAUGCCUGCCUCUACUCUUAUGUUUAGAAGAUUUGGCCUUUGGGCAGUCAUAUUUUUUUGAGAACAGAGAUAUAAUACCUGUUUUUACGGCAAAUCCAGUUCAUGUUGUCUUCUAAA